AUGAGUAGGGUAUUGGAUCAACUCUCCAAGUCACCUUUCACGCACCACAUAGAAGAGAUUACACUUCCUCGAAGAUUCCAACAGCCAACCUUCGCCAUUUACAACGGCAAAACAGACCCUGUGGAGCAUGUGAGUCAGUUCAACCAAAGAAUGGCAGUCCAUUCUAAAAACGAGGCACUGAUGUGCAAGGUUUUCUUGUCUAGCUUGGGACUAGUGGCGAUGAGGUGGUUCAAUGGCUUAAAGAUGAAUUCCAUAGAUUCGUAUAUGCAGCUAACCCAAGCUUUUGGCUCUCAUUUCGUUACAAACAGCAAAGCUCCUUGGCCUUUGAGUGCUUUGUUAUCGUUAUCCAUGCAUGAUGGAGAAACUCUAAAGGCUUACUCGGACAGAUAUUGGGAGACGUAUAAUGAAAUGGACGACAAUUUUGACGAUGUCGCCAUCAGCACCUUCAAAAAUAGUGUCCCAGUUGAGCAUGGCUUGAGGAAGUCUCUGACUGGCAAGCCCGCCACCAGUAUGCGCCAACUGAUGGAUCGCAUCGAUAAGUAUAAACGAGUGGAGGAAGACCAGCUGCAAGGUAGAGGAAAAGAGAAGGUUAUCCCUCAGGAGAUGAGGGAUUUCAGGUCGGACUGGUAUAACAACAAACGUUCGAGGAGAGAUUUCGUAGGGCAAUCUGGAGUAACCAACACACAGACUGUCAAUGCUGUAUUCCGAGAACCAGUACAUCGGGUGUUGGAAAAAAUCAAGAAUAAACCAUACUUUAAGUGGCCGAAUAGGAUGGCGAGAGAGUCCACGAGGCGCAAUCAGAAUUUCUAUUGCCAAUACCACCAGGACCAUGGGCAUACCACGGAGAACUGUAGGAACCUCUGA